AUGGCGCCGGCCAAAAAGCGCAACGUGAGUUCGGUAAAAACAGCAGAACAAAGUGGAAAAACUGCUAAAAUCGACCUCAGCAGCAAAGUCGAGAGUAUACUUGAGAGCAGAAAACAUGCCAACGAUGUUUUUGACAUACUCGAGUUCCUUCAGUCAGAAAAAGAGAAGGAUGUUGUCAGUGCUGUCAAUUCGUGCAGCAAGUUGUUCUGUGCCUUGCUGGAAAGAAAAGACCUGAUUAAGGGGAAACUGACCGGAGAGGAGGAGGCAUUGAGUGGAGAGUACAGUGCUGAGGACAAGUACCGCAUCUUCAUGAGACACCGUUACAACAGUUGUGUGGAGAUGCUGCUUGAGCACCUCAGCCAUGAAGUUCACGAUGUACAGGAGAGUGCCCUGUGCUGCCUGAUGAAGUUUGCUGCAGAAGAAGGACAGCAUCCUCUCGAGGAUUUGAACUGGAGUGAACACUACAGCUUCCCGAGGGAACUCAUCCAGGCAGUGGUAGACAGGCUGCUGUCCAAAACUACAGACAACACCCUGCUGAUCUCCAGGUUCCAGGAAUUCCUGGAGAUGGAGGACGUACGCUAUUAUGUCAUGAGCUCCAUCCGUGAGAAUGUGGGCAAAGUCAUGGACAAAAACAAAGGGGCAGUGGUGCCCAUAUACCAGAACAAUGCAUUCACCCUCAUGUCUAACAUCAGUAUGCCGAGUCAGGAGUCAGAGCUCACCAACUUUAUGGUGACACAGGAAGCCAAACAUGAGGACUGGAAAGCUGCUAAACUAAAUGAACACAAGCGCGUCUUUGAGAGGAUGUGGCUCGGCUUUCUCAAGUAUAAUUUGCCAAGCAGCAUGUAUAAAAAGGUCCUGGUGAUCCUCCAUGACUCCAUUCUGCCCCACAUGAGUAAACCCACGCUGAUGAUUGACUUCUUGACUGCUGCUUAUGAAGUUGGUGGUGCAAUCAGCCUGCUGGCCCUCAAUGGCCUUUUUGUCCUCAUACAUCAACACAACCUGGAUUACCCUGAUUUCUACAAGAAGUUGUAUAAUCUGCUUGAGCCCUCUAUUUUCCACGUGAAGUACAGAGCCCGCUUUUUCCACUUAGCCAACAUCUUCCUUAGCUCCAGUCACUUACCAGUGUACCUAGUGGCUGCGUUUGCCAAACGCCUGGCUCGUUUGGCUCUUACAGCGCCGCCUGUAGCCCUCCUCAUUGUGCUGCCCUUCAUCUAUAACUUGAUCCGUCGCCACCCGUCCUGCAGAGUCCUUAUUCACAAGCCGAGCACAGAGGAUGAGCCUCUGGAGGACCCGUAUGUAAUGGAUGAAGAGGACCCUGCUCAGUGCCGUGCCUUAGAAAGCAGCUUGUGGGAAGUUAAGACAUUGCAGAAGCAUUACCAUCCAGAUGUGGCCAAAACUGCUAUGUUGAUCAACACACCCCUGUCAGAACAGGAGGAUGACAUCAGUGAGGUGCUAGAGCUAACAGCGUAUGAGCUGAUGGAAAGAGACCUGAAGCAGACCCAGACCAAGAGCAUCCCACUGGAGUUUGAAACUGCCUCACAGUUACUAAAAGGAGGGGGAGAUGUGUUAGGGCAGCACUUUUGUCUGAAUUAAAAUAAGUAAAAGGAAGGGGCUGCGUUUUACAGUGUAGUAUGAAUGUCUGGGACCAGUUCAUGUAUCACAAUUUGGACUGAACAUUAGAAUUGUACUGACUGCCCUUCAGAAAACUUACAUAAAUGUUUUUUUUGUUUUUUUUUUGAGAGCAGCAGCAACAGCAGCAACAACAACAACAACAAGAGCAUCAGAAAUGUAUUUGAACUGGAAUUGUAUUAACAUUGUUUUCUCAAUGACUGUUAAUGUCCUGAAUUUUUGACUAUUGUACAUCAAUAAAAACAUUUCCCGGA